AAUAGCAACCGUUAUGGCGGAUGUCACGAAGCUGCGGGUUCUUUGCCUACAUGGUUACAGGCAGGAUGCUGCUGCAUUCAAGUCCAAACUGGGAGGCUUCCGUAAAGCGACGAAGUCAUUGCUAGACCUGGUGUUCAUUGAUGCUCCCCAUGUCAUCGAGAAUGGAGUCUACGGUGAAGCAGACAACGAAGGUGGCCGUGCCUGGUGGUUUUCGAGUGAAAAGACGUUCAGUUCGAAGGAGUACACAGACACGUGCCGCGGCUUUGAGGAAUCGGUCAAAGCAAUUGAGCAAGCAUGCAAAGAGCAGGGUCCCUUUGACGGAAUCUUAGGUUUUAGCCAAGGGGCUGCAAUGACAGCCAUGAUUCUCGUUCUACAGAGCCUCAAAAGGAUAGAGUGCAGCUUCAAGUUUGGUGUCCUAGUGGCCGGCUUUCGGAGUCGCUCCAGUGCACACGACUACCUCUUCGCACAAGAGGGCGUGAUAGACUUGCCCACCUUGCAUGUUGUAGGUGAAACUGACAACAUUAUACCCAAAGCGCAAGCAACAGAAAUACUUCCAUUCUUCGUGUCCCCAAGUGUCCUCUACCACCCAGGUGGCCACUUUCUACCAACAGGUAGCGAAUGCAAGGUGGAAUACAUCACCUUCUUCAAGAAGAUGGCUUCUUCUCAUAAUGGUGCUACAGUAUAAAACUGAUAGUCUUGCUAAUGUC